UUUAAACCUCCGUUUACGAAGCAAUCACCAACCAAAUCUGUUCUCUCUUUCCGGCAGCUCUGACACCUUCAUAUCUGCUUCUCCUUGACCCAAUACCCGACCGCCCAACUUGAAAAUGGCAGCAAAAUAUAUAAUUGGUUCUAUUGUGGCAUCGUUUGCCAUUGCCUAUGCAGCUGAUAAGCUUGUUGCUGAUCAGAAGAUUUUUGGAGGGACUACACCUCACACUGUUUCGAACAAGGAAUGGUGGGAAGAAACUGACAAGAAAUUUCAGGCGUGGCCACGCACGGCUGGUCCACCUGUGGUGAUGAACCCCAUCAGCCGCCAGAAUUUCAUCGUUAAGUCGGGAUCUGAAUCUUGAAGACCAAAUAUUUGCUUCUCUUUUGUCAAAGUUUAAGUUUGAUUUGCCAUUCACUUGUGAAAAAAUUGUGGCUUUGUUUUAUCCAACUUUGCUUUUACAGUAGUUCUUAGCUGGGAAA